GCUUUUGCCUUUCUGGCUUUCUGCUCUGUUCUCAUGGAGUUAACUAAAUUCUUCAACUAUGGUUCUGUUGUUCUUGUAAUUUCAGGUAUGGUUAAUUCGAUUGGGAUCAAUUAUGGACAAAUAGCAGAUAAUCUUCCACCGCCGGAAAACGUAGUGCCGCUCGUGAAAUCUAUCGGAGCCACCAAAGUUAAACUCUACGAUGCGGAUGCCAGAGUACUUAGCUCAUUCGCGAACACCGGCGUCGAAUUCAUCAUUGGUUUAGGCAACGAGGAUUUAGGCAACAUGCGAGAUCCGAACAAUGCACAAGCUUGGGUUAAACAAAACGUUCAAUCCCACUUACCCGACACGAAAAUCACCUGCAUCUUCGUCGGGAACGAGGUUCUCACUUUCAACGACACUUCUCUCUCCGACAACCUUCUCCCCGCAAUGCAAAGCGUUCACACGGCGCUAGUAAACCUCGGACUCGACAAACAGGUGACUGUCACCACCGCACAUUCCUUAGCCAUCCUUCAAACGUCGUACCCGCCUUCAGCCGGAGCUUUCCGUGAAGAUCUAAUCGACAUUUUAAGCCAAACUUUGAGCUUUCAUCAGAAAACAGGGUCACCUUUUCUGAUCAAUGCGUAUCCAUUCUUUGCUUAUAAGGGAAACCCAAAGCAAGUUUCGUUGGAUUUUGUUCUGUUUCAGCCAAACCAAGGGGUUAUCGAUCCGGCGACGAAUUUGCACUACGACAACAUGCUGUACUCUCAAAUCGACGCCGUUUACUCAGCUUUAGCUUCGUUGGGUUACAAGAAACUUCCUGUUUAUAUAUCGGAAACUGGGUGGCCUUCAAAGGGAGACGAAGAUGAAUCCGGAGCAACACCCGAAAAUGCCGAGAAAUACAAUGGAAAUUUGAUUAAAUUGAUGUCUAAAAACACAGGGACGCCAAUGAGACCCGAUUCGGAUCUUAAUAUUUAUGUUUUUGCUCUGUUUAACGAGAAUAUGAAACCAGGACCAACUUCAGAGAGGAAUUAUGGGUUAUUUAAGCCUGACGGAACGCCGGCUUAUGCUCUCGGAAUUACUAAUAGCAAUGAUUCGACCGCCGGUGGAAGUAUUGGUAAUGGACUGACGACGCCUUUUUCUCCGACGAGUUCUUCCACUGGUUAUUUGUCUAUUUCUUCAGCGACGGUAAGGGGAAGAUAUGAACUCGUCGGGCAUGUGUUGAUGGCGUCACUGUUGUUGAUAAAAAUAGUGGUGUAGA